CAACUCGUUCACUCCCCUUGAGCCCAUUUCCAUCCACAUAAGAACCCCAAUUCGCCUUGUGUUGGGACAGGGACAGCUUCGUCUAUAUAUUCCAAUAGACCCUCCAGAUCGUCCGCUUAUUAAGUUACCCACACAAUUUGGGGAAUCCGACGGGAACGCUGUGGAACGAUUUUACACUACAGAUACACAGAAUGCCUUCAUCAGUCGCAGUGGCAGGAGGGGCGGACCAGUUUGACUCAAUAGAAGACGCCAUCGCAGCAUUCAAAAAUGGCGAAUUCGUAGUCGUCCUCGACGAUCCCGGACGCGAGAAUGAGGGCGAUCUCAUCAUCGCCGCUGAGGACGUGACGCCGGAGCAGAUGGCCUUCAUGGUCAGAUACUCCUCGGGUCUCAUCUGCGCACCCCUCGUCCCAGAGCUGUGCGUCGACCUCGGCCUCCCCCAGAUGGUGGUGAACAACGAAGACCCCAAGAGCACGGCAUACACGCUCUCUAUCGAUGCGAACCACCCCAGCACAACGACCGGUAUCAGCGCGCAGGACCGCGCGCUGACCUGCCGCAUGCUCGGUGCGAAGGGCGCGAGGAAGGAGGAUUUCAGGCGGCCGGGACAUGUCUUCCCGCUGCAGGCGAGGAAGGGAUUAGUGAGGCAGCGCCCUGGACAUACCGAGGCUACGGUGGAGUUCUGUCGGUUGGCGGGUAAGCAGUUGGUGGGUAUUUGCUGCGAGUUGGUGGAGGAUGGGGAGGUGGUGGAGGGGCAGGCGCUGAGGAAGGAGCCGGGGAUGAUGAGGACGGAGGGGUGCUUGGCGUUUGGCAAGAAAUGGGGACUCAAGGUUGUUACGAUUGAGGCUCUGGUGGCGUAUGUGGAGAAUCGGGAGGGUAAGUACAAGAAUGGAUCGGAUUAAAUGCAUUCUUCGGUAUUGGCGCUGCUUAUGGAUCUGGAAUUGUAUAUAUCUACACCUCUCUCUAGUGGGUUGUCUUUAGAUUUGGGGGGUCGGCCUAUGCAAGUCCGCGAGUUUGUUUUAGCAACCGCAA